AUGAUGCACUCUAGCUUCCAACCGACCAAGCUCAAGCCAGAGCAGCCCAAUAUCCUCAACGAUUUCAAGCAGAAGCGGCUGGAGCCCUCUCAAGGUACUAUAAAUAGUACUGGUACUGGUAAGGGCAAGAGCUCAGAUACCAACGGCAGUGAUGGCCACGGGCUCGAUCAGUCAGUUUUGAAUUCGCAUCGCUUCUCCAACGGGUCCUUGGCAGGGAUCAGCGUCUCUUCGUCGUGGGAUGACAUAGCAAAGGAGCUGGUUCGGUAUGAAAACAAGCACGUUCAUUGGAAUGUGAAUGUGCAUCAACCCGCCGUUUCGUCGAGACCUCAAGCAAAUAGCACGUUUCUUGCCCGUGCAAAACCGCCACCACGUGGGAAGAAGCUCAAGAAAGAAGCAAAGCACUUUUCCAUGUCUCAUACAGGUAAAACUUCUUGCAAUGGAGAUCCAGAUUCCACCUUCCAACCGUUCCAGAGGAGGAUCACACUGAUUGGCACUUCCAAUGUCGGUCCUCUUUUGAGGGAAGAUCAAUUGCAAGAGCACCAAGGUACCAGUACUACUGGUGCCAGUAGUAGUCGUAGCUUGAAGUCCUUUUUGGAAAAGAAAUUCGUGCAACUUCCUACAACAGGCGGUAUCAUUACCAAGCAACUAACUAGACCUUCCAUCUCGGAUGAGUCUAUUUUUAGUAGUGUCUGCUCCAGUGAUCAAGAAGGGGGAAACAACAACAUCCAGCAGAAGAAGCAUGACCUGGAACUCACUGGCAAACCUUAUGAUUCUUUGCUCUCUCUUCUCCAAGACAAAUCCAUUCCAAACGAUUCUUUCCAGUGGGAAGAAUACUUUCAUCCACUUCCUACUACUGCUGUGCAUCAAUUUUCCUCCAAGACCAUCAAGGCACUGCACAAAGACAACCUGGAAUCUUUGCAGAAGCUGGAGAAGAAGGGUGGACUUGAGUGGGAUUCUUGCAACACUCACGAAGAGCGACUGGCUCAUCUGGCUUGUCGGGAAGGAGCCGUGAAUGUUUUCAAGUUCCUGGCUAAGCAAGCCAAAGUACCCCUCCGAGUCAGGGACAAGUCGGGCAAGACACUGCUUCAUGAAGUGUGCUGGUUUACACAUCCUCCCCAAUUGGAGAUUGCUUCCAUUUUAAUAUCAGAUUCACCAGAGCUUCUCUUUGCCAGAGACAAUCGUGGUUGGACUGCCCUGGAGUACGUUCCCCAGAAAUGUCGUCAAGAAUGGUGCCGGUACUUGAAACAAAAGAUAUCGUUCAUUGAGGUCAUGUUGCAACUCAAGUCCAGUAAUCGCAGGAGUGCACAGCUGGUGGCGCAGCAGCAACAGUUCCUUCAGAUGAUCCUUGACAAGAGUAGAGUGGUUGAGACUAGCUAG